AUAGCAUAAUUUCAUUAAACAAGGCGUGUUUGACAUAGAGUUAAGACAAACAGAGAUGGAGAUUUGUUCAAAUUAUGAUAGCAUUGCCGAAUAUUUACCGUCUCGAACGAAUAUUUGAAAUGUUAAAAUAAGCUAGCUGUAUUUAGUAGGAAAAAAAUGUAUUCGCCGUAUUGAGAUUUACGCUUUAUACAAUGGAUAAAUGUAGCAAACAGCGAAUACGAAUAUUAAUAUGAAGUUGAUAUGACGGUUAUGUGCCAUAAUUGUGUCCGUUAUGUGGAAAAUAUGUGUUUAGUUUAAAUAGUUCGCGUUAUUAUCUUAGAGAAAAGAAAGACAUUGAAAUUGAAUACAUGUGUUGACACAUUAAGCCGUGUGAUAACUCUCAACAAAACAGCAAGGCACUAUUUGUAAUAGUAAUGAAUAGUAAUCUUGCUAUGUUGUUUUAUUACUACUUAAAUAUUAUCGACACUCCCCGGAGUUUCAAUUUUAUAAGCUUUUCAUAUGCAGCAAUGUAAAGAAUGCGUACAAAUACUUUGUUUUCUACAAGAACACGGACUCUACGCUUGUGAACCGCCCAGAUGUACCGAGAUAAAAAAAGGGAAAGGUCGCCCUGGACAGAGUAUUUAUUGUAUUGAUCAUUGUUUACAACAUACACACCGGAAUUAAAACAAAUACUUCCAUUACUGAGUUUAUUAUCUGCCAGAUGAAUGUGUCUUAAGUUCAAUUUAUAUAAAUUGUUUUGAUUGUGCAACGACGAUGACUAGAACUACGUUAUGUUGUAUAUUGCUGUGCACGAGCUUGUUAGCACGUGCCUCAGUGACGCAGACGACACUACAAGUUGUUUGGAUGGUUCCAUUUACGUCACAUCCGACUGCAAGUUUCGUUCACAAUGCCUCUUCAUCGGUAGCGGCAUUGGCGCUUGGUUUGGAGACUAUACGUAACGAGUCUAUACUGCCUGGUCAUGUGAUUAAUGUCACGUUCAUAGAUACGAAGUGCAACAGCAAGCAGAGUAUUGGCGCCAUCUUUGAUCAUCUUCUGCAACACGACGUUGACGUCAUCUUUGGACCACCAUGCGCAGACGUUGUCAAGUCUGUUGGAGAGCUGAUGUCCUACCGAAACGUGGCUCUGAUCAACUGGGUGUCCGUCGGUCAGACCAUCACAUACAAGGACGAGCUUACCACCUACAUGCGCACCAUGGCGCCAAUAUCGUCUUUAGGCGGCAUCAUGAUGUCGUUCUACGACUACACGGGCUGGCGGCGCUUCGUGAUAAUCUCCAUCGAUCGCGCGGAGUACCGGGCGGCCGCAGCCACCAUCGAGAGCAGCAUACGGUUGUACGAGAUCAAAGGCUUCUUCGUGGCGCACCACUACAGUGGCGUCAAGCGCAACAGCUCGGUCGCCGACAUUGACCUCAUGUUGAACAAUAUCAUCCGCGAAGGAAGAAUAAUUAUCAUGCUGAUCCCACGGGAGGAGCUGCGAAAGUACAUGCUGCGCGCGCAUGCACUCGGGUUGACCAAAGGAGACUUUCAGUUCAUCUUUACCGACACAAAGAUGAUAGACGAUGACGACGUGAGAUUCCUGAGCAGCGGCGAAAUAUGGCGACGGGGAGAAGCAGACGACAUGGUCGCCAGACAGGCCUUCCAGAACGUUCUAUAUUUUUGCCUUGGCCACACCACUGCCCAGGUAGCCAGCUGGCGGGACGGUGCAAUGGCCGCAUUCGAUAACGUGUUCCAUGGACGCACGGACGCUCCACUUCCGUCAGAGCCGGACGAGUAUUCCGCAUAUCUGCACGACACGGUCAUCUACUACGCCCGCUUGCUCAACCAGUCCCUCUCCAAUAACUACACGGGAAGUGGCGAUGACCUCUUCGACUUUGGGGACACCGUCUAUUUCCCAGGCCUUUCCGGUGACGUUAUAAUAAAUCAGCUCGGGGAAAGAUGGCCGUCCUUCUAUGUGUACGACAUGGACACUUCCGGUUCCUUUAUUCAGGUUGCCAACCUCCAGUUCGCCAUCGCCGAUACCAGAAUAAGAAUGAACUCCUCGUUCACGAAGAUCACCUGGGGAGACGGAAGAACGACGGAUGACCCGUACAUCCCGCCGGAUACGCCCGACUGUGGCUUCUACAACGAGUUCUGUACCCCGGACGCGCCGACCACCAAGUCGUACGAAGCCGUGAUUAUUGGAGUGACCGUCACCAUGUUGUUUGUUUUCCUCGGCCUCUUUCUCCUAUACAGGUAA